UCUCGACCAUCCAUCAGGUCUGCAAUUUACCAUUCGUAAAUUCGUUUGCUGCGUGUUCUGGUUUAAAUAAGCGCUAAUUUUUAUAAUAUAAGACUGGAAGUUUUCAACAGCUAAAUACUAAGAGGUGUCAGUAGGAUGGUGCUUGGACGUGACCUUUCAGUUAAUCCGGAGAAACGAUGAUUUGACUAAUAUGAGAUACAACAUUUUCUUGGUUUUUUUGUUACUAAAUCUCAUACAUGCUGCUAAAAGUCACUUGGAUCUGGCCUGGGCUCAAAGAUCCAUAAAGAACAGAUCAAGCCGAGAUGUUUCCUGCAGAGAGGGCAUGGAGUAUGAACAUGACAACAUCUGCUGCCUACACUGCCCUGCUGGAACAUAUGUGAAAAAGGCCUGCCUUACUGUUUCAGAAAAAGGAGUGUGUGAGCCAUGCGAGUUUGACACAUACACUGAGCAUGACAAUGGACUGCGGAAGUGUUUAUCAUGCAGCAAGUGCCGUAUAGAUCACGAAACCACAGCGAAAUGCACAAGUACCCAGAACACACGGUGCAAGUGCAAACAGGGGUCAUUUUGUUUACCUGACCAGGCAUGUGAGGUGUGCAAGAAAUGCAGUAGAUGCAAAAUAGAUGAAGAGACUGUAAAAAGCUGUACAGACAUUUCCAAUACCGUUUGUAGAAAGAGAAGCUCUUUGGGCAGCUCCAGCUCAGUGACUUUUAUUGUUGUUGUGCCAUUAAUUGCAAUGCUGGCAAUCAUUGUGGUUAUCGUCUACUGGACAAAGUCAAAACCAAGUAAAACAGCAGUAACAUCAAGAAGUCCAAGGGAAAUGAUUAAGAUCUGUAUGGGUGACAGUGAGGAGGUGAAAGAGGAGUGGCAGAAUGCCCACAACUCCAUGAUAGAUGACUCCUCUCAACUCCAGCCGUUCCUUGAGCAAAACUAUGCGGAAAGAGAGUCAUUAAGAAAACUUGUUCCUUUGAAUGGAGAAGAAUCGUUGAAGAAAACCUUUGAUUUCUUUGAAGAAAUGGAUGUCCACUAUCAUAACAGAUUCUUCAGGUUCAUUGGACUGAGUGAUAAUUCAAUCAAAAGUGCAGAGUCUCUUUUUCCAGAAGACAGAAUUUACGAACUGUUAAAAAUCUGGAUGGAAAAGGAGGGACUGAAGGCAGAUUUCAACAGUCUUAUUGAAGCAUUAAUCUAUUUAGACCAAAGGCUGUCAGCAGAAAAUAUCAUUGCAAAGGCAAUUAGUAAUGGUUACUUUAAAUAUGAAGAUGAGUGACUGGAAACAUGCAAAUAUUGUCACCACAUAUUCUCCUCAGAGAGCAAAGUUAUGCUUUUGAUUUUUUUGUGUGUGCAUGGCUUACCUUAAGAUGUUAUGCCACUGUUU